CAGUAGAUGGAAACACCUGUGUUGCCUCUGGAGUCUCCAGCCUCAUGAAUCCAAUAACCAAUCCUGCCACCUCCACUUCCUUCAAUGCUGCUGUGCCUGAGAUUCCAAGGAAGCGCAAAGGAAGUGACUCUGAUAACCAGGACACAGUUGAAGUUGAUGGUGAUCCUCAGAAAAGGAGUGAAGAUGAAGAACCUGUUAAAAUAAAGGAUUUCAGAGAGGCUCACAGUCAGACAGAGAAACGAAGAAGAGACAAAAUGAAUAAUUUGAUAGAGGAAUUGUCUGCUAUGAUCCCUCAGUGCAAUCCCAUGGCCCGAAAGCUGGACAAACUCACAGUGUUAAGGAUGGCUGUGCAGCACCUGAAAUCCUUAAAAGGUUCUAGCAGCUCCUACACGGAAGUUCGGUAUAAACCUUCAUUUUUAAAGGACAAUGAACUCCGACAGUUAAUCCUUAGGGCUGCAGAUGGAUUCCUGUUUGUGGUUGGAUGCAACAGAGGAAAAAUUCUGUUCGUCUCUGAAUCGGUUUGCAAAAUACUGAACUAUGAUCAGGCUAGUUUGAUUGGACAAAGCUUGUUUGAUUACCUCCAUCCAAAAGAUGUUGCAAAAGUGAAGGAGCAACUUUCUUCAUCAGAUGUAUCACCUAGGGAGAAGCUCAUAGAUGGAAAAACUGGCUUGCGAGUACACACAGAUUUCCAAGCUGGACCAGCUCGGCUGAACUCUGGUGCUCGGCGUUCCUUCUUCUGUCGGAUCAAGUGCAGUAGGACCACAGUCAAAGAAGAGAAGGAUUGCUUGCCCAACCCAAAGAAGAAAGAUCACAAGAAAUACUGUACCAUUCACUGUACUGGGUACUUGAAGAACUGGCCUCCUAAUGAGGUGGGAGUAGAAGAGGAAAAUGAUGUAGAAAAGGACAGUGGUAACUUUAACUGUCUUGUUGCAAUUGGGAGGUUACAUCCUUAUGUUGUUCCACAAAAGAGUGGAGAGAUAAAAGUCAAAGCAACAGAGUUUGUUACACGAUUUGCCAUGGAUGGAAAGUUUGUUUAUGUUGAUCAGCGCGCAACAGCAAUUUUAGGGUAUCUGCCACAAGAGCUUCUAGGAACUUCUUGUUACGAGUACUGCCACCAGGAUGAUCACAAUCAUCUAGCUGAAAAGCAUAAAGAAGUGUUGCAGAAUAAAGAAAAAGUAUUUACAAAUUCCUACAAAUUUAGAGCAAAAGAUGGGACUUUUGUUACUUUAAAGAGUCAGUGGUUUAGUUUCAUGAACCCAUGGACCAAAGAGCUGGAGUACAUUGUAUCAAACAACACUGUGGUAUUAGGUCACAAGGAGUCAGCUGAAGAUGAUGUCCUCUACAGCUCCCAGCCUGCAGAAGAUGCUGCAAAACAGUCUCUAGUAAGUGUACCUGGAAUGUCCUCUGGAACAGUUCUUGGUGCUGGAAGUAUAGGAACUGAAAUUGCAAAUGAAAUAUUAGAAUUGCAAAGGUUGCGUUCUUCACCAUCUGGAGAGUUAAGUCCAUCACAUCUCUUGAGAAAGUCACCUUCUCCAGCUUUAACUGUGAACUGCAGCGAUGUGCCAAAUAAAGAGUUGAUUCAGUUAUGUCCUUCAGAAGCAGAAGUUCUAGAGAACCCAGAACAAACCCAGGGUGCUAUUCCCUUCCCCAGUAACGAACCUCUCCUCAGUGGUAAUUCUCAGCUGGACUUUGAUGCAAUAUGUGAAAAUGAUGACAGUGCUAUGACAGCCCUCAUGAAUUACCUGGAGGCUGAUGGAGGACUUGGAGAUCCAGCUGACCUCGGUGAUAUCCCGUGGGCUCUCUAGUUUUGCUUUUUGAAAGCAAGAAGGAAUGUAAAACCUGUAAUGCACAACAACAAUAUAUCCUCAGUACUGUAUUAUAGUUUUUUAAUGCUUCAUUUGAGUUCAUACUUACUGUCUAGAUAUUUUUAAAGACUGAAGCCUUGUUCAGAGAGAGACAACUUCUGCUGCACCUAUGGAAAAAUGCAAUACUUUUUUCAUGAUGGGGAGACCUUGGAAUUUUAAUAUUGAACCAUCUGUAACUGGAAUGCUUAGAACACACUAGUAUAUUUUUGCUAGGGAGCUUUAACCAAAAGGUACUGUACAAUGUACAGGAGUAGUUUUUCUUAGUUUUAAUACUCAAACUUAUUUAUUGUUUUUUGUUUC